AUGGACCUCGCAUCGCGCAUUCGGCAGUUCGGCCUGAACGUCGUCUACCAGGCGCCAAACCCGGUCGUUGAUAUCGUCUUCGUUCAUGGACUCAACGGCCAUCCUCAUCGCACCUGGACCUCGUCCAAUACAGACACCUUCUGGCCGGCCGACCUGCUGCCUGAUGUUAUGAGCCAGACCCCGGUCAGGAUUCUGUCCUACGGGUAUAACGCCAAUGUCACCUCGUUUACGGACGGUGCGUCCAAGGAUCGUAUUUUGAAUCAUUCUGAAACCCUUGCUGCAAACCUUGCCGCGAAUAGAGAGAUCAAAAAUUGCUCUGAACGGCCAAUCAUUUUCGUUUGCCACUCGCUGGGUGGCUUGGUCGUGAAGCGCGCCCUAAUUUACUCUCGAAGUCUUACCAACGAGAAGGUCGAGCAUCUCCGCUCGAUCUAUGUCUCGACUUAUGGCAUUUUGUUCCUAGGGACUCCGCACAACGGAUCUGAAGUUGCAAAAUGGGGCUUGCUUUUGCAGAAUAUCUGUUCUGCAGUGCUUCCUAGGAAGUUCAUGGAUUCUUCGCCUCACCUCGUCAGGGCUCUCAAAACUAAUAAUGAGACUCUGCAAAACAUUAACAGUCUCUUUACUGACAUGAUUCCCCGUUUUCAUAUCGGUUUCUUCCACGAGACUCUUCCUACUGAUGUCAAGGGGACCAAGGAGCUGAUUGUAGACGAGAGUUCUGCGGCACCUUUUGCGGACGGCGUCGAGAGGAUGGGAAUCGAAGCCGACCACAGUCAUAUGUGUAAGUUUGAUGACGAGACCUCGCCUGGCUACGAGACCGUUGCAGUAGCCAUUCUACGAUACGCCCGUGAUGCACCUGCUACAAUCCAGGAAAGGUGGCGCGAAGAGGACAAAACUCGAAUGAUCAUUAAGACCCAGAAGGCAAGAGAGAUAUUCGGGGACAUUGCUGCACCCACCGGAGGGUCAGACCGUCAGGGGGGGGAUAGGUCUCUUGGGGGGCAAGGCCCUAGUGACGCUCAUACGGUUAAUCCUCCUGUACAACUCCCGUAUUUACCGGCUCCGGAAAAAAAGUCUCAUCCACCAUCCAUAGAAGAUAGUAUGGACUUGACAUCUUCUCGCUCGCUUCACAGGGAGCCCGUCUGGGUGGCACCCCCAGGAUUCCACCGCAAUGCGGCGUUUUUUGGUAUGACGCGAGAACUGGAUAUCCUACACACGAGGCUUUUCAAGGCAAAGAGACGUUCAGAAAAUCUGAUGGCAGUGCUGAUCUCUGGGGUUCCGGGAUCGGGAAAAUCGCAUCUUGCUCGUCAAUACGUUUGGAAUCAUCGCGACGAUUACCCAGGAGGUAUAUUUUGGGUCGAUGCGAAGAGCCGCCAGUCCACAUUCAAGUGUUUUUGGGAUAUUGCCCAAGCAGCUACCUUGACUGACGGCCAAGAAUUUCAGAGCUCCGACACCAAAUCGUCUAGUAGGUAUGUUGAGGCAGUCCGCCACUGGAUGCAGUCGCGGCAGGAAUGGCUCCUCGUUUUCGAUGGGGUGAGUUUUGGACGCGAUGAGGACAUAAAUGACUUCAAGCAGUUCCUUCCAUUCAAGGAGAAAUGCGGUAUCAUUUAUACAUCGGUUGAUAAAACUCUACGGAAGAAACAACGUUUAUACGAGCCAUACUCCCUUACAGUGUCUCCACUUGAAGUUGAAGAUGCAUGCAAGCUUCUCUUCAAGGAUCUGGGCAUUAAACGGCCCACCAAGGAUCAAGCUCGCAAGGCAACGGAAGUGGUAAUCCACUACGAAUGCCUGCCCUUGGCUAUCCAUGCUAUCAGUCACCGGCUGAGUGCAACGGGAAAACCGAUUGAGAAGUACCAUAUCCACUCGCAUUUCACGGACGAGAAGCUUGCCGAGCCAUUUUUAAGCAUCAUGCAUGAUCUAUAUCGCGGCGAACAUUUUGAGGCACUCAACCUCAUUAACCUUUUGUCGUUCCUCGGCCACCAUGUCCCGGUUGGAUUGAUAACACUGGGAAAGUCGUUCUUGCACGCCUGGAACAUCGACGUUUUCACUAGUAGCCGGCCAGGUGACCACGGGGACCUUGACACGACCCUGGGAGUUUUGAUCCGCUACGGACUUAUCGAGAGGACUUCAGACAUGUAUCCAUUGCUUCAGACACCUACAUCGCCACUAUCCGAAAAAUAUCCAGUGGACUUGAAGGCGGUUAUUCCCGACUUGUCAGAAUCCCAGACUGAGAGCAGCAGCCAAGAGGGAUUUUUCGCUACAUUCCAAAACUCCGGUGUCUCCGAUGUCGUCAAGAUCCAUAGCGUAGUCCAAGGUUUCUGCCGUGACGAGCUCAAAAUAAUUGAUAAAGAGCUCAAGGCCGCUGCGGGAUUCCACAAAGGACAAGCCACCGGACAAAGCACUGGAUAUUAUGACUCCUGGCUGAUCGUUGCUACCAACGUCCUUUGUACAUCGUUUGAGUGCGCCAAAUGCCGCAUGGACCGCGUUGAUGACUGCGGCUCGGUCAAGGACUAUCGCGAAUACGAAACUCAUGUAUCGCAGUUAAUGAAGAAUUACCCCAAGAGGACCGCCGAUAGCAGAGUCAGCGACGCACAGAAGCAGUUGAAGGAGGUCUUGAGGACCAUCCGUAGCGAGAUUGUCCGGAUUUCACCAAACUCUUCACAGGAAUCUGUUCGCAAGCAUCGCUCUGUCUUUGACCGAUCGAGCAGCUCGUCAUCUUUUCCAGAUUCAACAGUCGACGAUGGGCCGUCUCGUCAAUUGACCCUGGAUUUCAGUGAUGUCGUACCUGUGAGAUCCGAAUCGCCUCAGGAGGCCAAGCUCUCGCCUCCACAAGUCAAUCUGGGCCCUAUAAUUCCUCACAUUUUCAGAAACUCGAGCAGCCAAAUUAAAGAAGAUUUCCUGAAAGAAGAGGCACUCUUGAAGGAUGGAUACAUGACCGAUGAUGAAUCCGCCAGGGCCAGAUCUCCAGCCAUGUCGCAAAUGAGCCACUCAACCGAGCGGCCAAAACCAUCGCAGUCUGCUAGUCCUCGCCAACACACCGACGACGAGGGAUGGCACGUUGUCCAGAACCCUUCCAAGGCCAAACCAGCCCCGAAAUCAAAGGUGCCAAGGUCGCUACAAAAGCACAAGAGGGGUCUUAAAUUCCCCCGUGGGAUUGGAAACUCCAAACCUGCGGCUCCGGUUCUUCAUAGGACACCUGCACAGUGGAGGAGCGGAUCAGGUGGUAGCGGCCCUCUGAGUGAGCUCAGCCCCCAUAGGACAGCAUCCGAAGCCCUAUCCGCUGUCAAUAAAGCAAAUAGCCCGACCCAGCCAAGGGGAUAUGACUUUGGUCAAACUUUACCACAGGGAAAGAAGGAAAAUGCACCUACCUAUGCAUACGUUGCGUCGAAGCUAGCUGGGGAGCCUAUGCCCUCGGCAAUGAACCAACGGUCUUCUUCCUCGCCCGGUGCAAGACAACGCCCGGUUUUCUCGAUGCUUCAAAGCAGGGCUUCGGAUGACUCACUAUCGAGCAACCCAGCAUUCUCGGCGAUGUCCGCCGAACCGAUGGUCCAGUCAACAUACAGCGAGCCGGACCACGGACUCAUGCAGCAAAUGAAUGCUGUGGAUCUGAGCUCCCAAUAUCCUGGCAUUCAAUUCGGUAGCAGGCAAGUUGUCCAGGCAGAUCUCUCCGCAAGCACCCCAAUCCUCGGGCUUCCUUACGAGAGCAACAUUGAAGUCAGUGCCCCUCAACGCCGUGUGCAACGCGCUGCGACUCCGGCUUUUAGUAGCAAGUCCUCGACAAAUCUGAGUAACCCACAUCCAUCUGCAAUCAUGCCUGGGGCAUCCCCUCCCUCGGACCAUGCGCCUGAAAUAAUGUCGCGCAAUCCCUCAGGUCAAUCUCAUCAAUCUCACCAUUCCUGGUCUACCGAGCCGACGACCCUUCGGUAUCCGACACGCAUCUCACCACUCCCUUCAAACUUAGCCGCUGCCCCUGGGCCAACAGCGGGGGUGACAUACCAGGUCGUGCAGAACCCGGAGCAACAAAUCCUCGAAGGGGCUGGAAGUUGGGUCUCAGAUCCGGAGAUGAGACCGACAACACAGCGACAGUAUCCCCAUGCGGCUGAUAGCUCAUACGCUGCUGUAGUGCAACGACAAUUCAAGCCUCCACAAAACCCACACGCUGCAGUUCCCGAUGCAAUCUGGGGUACACCAGUGCCAGCCCCGGCACCUCCAGCUCUCCACUUCGGUGCGCACAGAGUCGACCUUGAGGCUGCGCGUCAGAGGCAGUACCAGCUCCAGGCAGCGCAGUCGCAGCAUCAUCACACCUAUAUUCAUGAUAACCGUUCUGGACCACUGUUCACGAUGCCACCACAGCAAACGGAGGCCGCAUACCCCCAGGGGUACCUAAUGAGAGGCGAUAACCGAGUGCGUGCGAGGAGCGGGAGCACGCCUUCCACCCAGUAUCCCGGGCUCGGAUUGGACUACUGA